AUGGACGAUCAAAUGGUAACAUCGUUUCCAUCCACCAACAUGGAAACAACAGCAACCACUUCGUCCUCGUCGUCUUUUAUAUCUCCGACCACACAUUUCAAGAAUUUGCUGAUUAGAUACAGUUCAAUUGCGCAAGAAGACGUUGAAGACGCCUACCAAUCGAGCAGCAACAACUUCGUCUCAUCGAAGGAUCCCCUGCCGUACGAUCCCUGGCUCGGUUGGUACACGGCCGCCACUCUCAGCGGGUUGUUACUUCUCUUCCUCGUUUGUGUAGGUCUCGAAAAAAUUAAAGAUCGAAUUUUGACGUAUUUUGAGAAGCGACCGAAUUUGAACGGGAGCAAAAUCUCUGUAAAGAACAAUGACACAGUUGAAAAAGAUGAUUCAUCGUUUGAUCAGUCAGAUCGAAAUUUAUACCACUCAAAUGAUGAAGAACUUGAUAGCAAACGAACUUCAAAAAUUCAACUAACAAAUCACCAACCACAUCAUCUAUCCGAACAAAAAAAAAAGACCCAUCAGCCUCAAUAUCAACAAACACAACUUUCACACUUUGAAACAAACCCUCCAAACAGUUGUUCCCAAACACGUCAACAACUGCAAUGUCAACCUCACUAUCAAAAAGACGCUCAAGAACUUGAAAUCAAUUUAAAUCUUGCUGAAAAUAUUCACCGUCAACAUACUAGACAUCACUUAAUGAACUGCGUAUGUUCAAAUCAAACUUCUUCUUGCCAGCAUCUCCAAUUGCAAACAGAAUCAAAUAAAAGCAACCUACUAAAAAGUCACGAAAGUCACGUUCAUUCAAAAUCAUCUUCAUGUUCUUCACUUUCACAAGAGAUUCGUGCAAUUAAAGGUGUCGGUGUUGAUGCAACAAAACAAAAUGAAUCAAAAAGUUUAACUUUAAAAGAGCAAUAUCAGCACCAGCCACAACACAUGCAACCAGAAGCAAACACAAAAAUUAGCACUGUUGACAUUGUUGAUGCUCGAACAACUCAAACAAAAAAUUCAAUAAGCAACGAAAGCAGCAUAUCAAACAACAGCAAUCUCAAUGAAUUCAAUCACAAUAAAUGCUGUAACAGUAGCCUAAACGAAGAAAAUAAUUUGAAAAUUGUCGACAGAUACAACAACAUCAACAUAAACGUUCUCAACAACAACAACAACACAAUCGAUAGUUUUGAAGAGUGCAGCAGAACCAGCAACCACCUCAACAACGAAUCCAUCAUCAACAACAACAACUUCAACAGUAAUAACUCCAACAACUACAACACUUGCAGUUUUGAAGGCAGCAAUAGUCAUUAUAAAAAUAUGUGUAUUAAUAAUAAAAACAAACUUACAAACAACGAAACAGGCAGCAACAAUCACGAAAUUUCUAAAAUUAAUCUCAACACAAAAAGCUACAACGACGACAACAAAUUAUACAACUGCAACAAUGAUAUUUUAACUGGCUAUGAAAAUAUCAGUACAAACACGAAUUCAGGCCAAAACAACCACAAUAUCACCAAUAAUAAAAAUUACAUCGCAGCCAACGAUAACAACAGUACUACCAACAACACCGAUAGCAUCAAUAACAACAACAUCAACAACUCCGACAUCAACAUCAACAACACUAACAAUAACAGCAGCAUAGGAAACGGAAAAACUUAUCAAUGGGAGAGCGAUGCAGUUGUGAGUUAUGGAAAGGCAGAUAGGACAUUGAAUGACGUCACCAUUAUAGCCGCACAGACAUCAAUGCCGACUUUUAUAAUGACGUCAGAGAUAUCCUUCACGCGGUCUUCAACACCACAACCAUCCACGCAAUCAAUUCUGUCCACAACAUCAGUUGCAGCAAUACCGUCUUCAACAUUGUUGACAGAAUCCUCAACGACACCAUACAACGUUUCAACAUCCGCGGCAACAAAAAUUGCAACAAUCAAGGCUCAGCCAACAGUCGUACUCUUCACAAACUUGACACCACCAACAUCAAUUACUGCAAUAUCAAAAAACAACUCAUGUUCAUCAACAACUUGUCAAUCAAUAUCAGACUCAAAAACUGCAGCUAUGUUGCCAACAUCUAACGUCUUUCAUGCAAAAAUUUGUUCAAAUCAGUCGACAGUCUCACCACAUCAGCUCACAUUACAAUCGACAACAACUGACGAAAUUACUUACAGCUCUCUAUUGACCGGGACACUUGAUAUAACAGCCACUGCAGCUAACAACGCCGCUGCUUGCUCUGCAAGUUCAGUCACAACUACAACAACUUCAUCUCAUAUUUUACUACAAUAG